AGGACCCCCCAACCUCACUUUCAUCCUCAAAACCUCUCUAUAAUCAUCGUCUUCUACUGGGUUGUUCUUGUUGUUCGUUUCUCUCUCGUGCGUUUUUGGAUUUUUCUUGGAGAUUAUACAGAUCUCGAGGUUGUUGGGUUUGGGCCUACUUCUCUGUAGCUUCAAUCCCAACUACCCAGAUCUGUAUUCCCUCCACUUCAUUGAUCUUGUUUUUAAACACAGAUUAAAGAAUUUCUCAUACGGGUCUUUCUAUAUAGACUUGAGAUCUUGAGAUACCCCACCACCUGAUUGGAUUUCCCUCAAGGGUUUAUCGUGUUUUUGAUCUUUCUUUCUCACUUUUGAAGGGCAGCUGUAUAAUAUGUUCUGUUUUUUUGCUUAUUUUGAUUAGAGAUUAACCCCAAAAAUGGAGAAAAAGUUUGUUCUUUUGAAUUCUAGAUUGCUUGGGCGGCUUUUCCCUACCAAAGUCUGCAUUUUUUUCAUCUGUAGUUCGUGCGUGCAACAGAUAACCCACAUUGUUCUUCUGAGUCAAAAGACUUUGACCAGGAGGAGUAGUAGGAGGAAGAGACCCACUUGUCGGUUGGUGGGCUUCUCUUGAACGGUUGAACCAAUACAGAAAAACGCAUAUAUCUGUAGGUCGUGUUCAUUUUUGUUGAAUAGACCCACUCUGCUUUAUUAUCUUUGCCUCUCUGUUUUUUUCUUUGCCAUUGCUCUUUUCCAGCAAUUGGGUUCCUCCAUUUGGUCAUUUUAUGCCCAGCUUGAAUUUGGCCCAUUGAAAAAUUCCAUUUUUUUAUUCUUUCAUUUUUAAUUAGUGAUGCUACUUUACUUGUUAAUCACUUGUUUCUCCUUCAUUUUUCUCUUCAAGUCCCUCCCUCUCAAGUCACUCCCACCAUGGGCAUCUGAGAUGAGGUUGCUCUCUCUUUGUUUCUCGAAACAAGUUUCAAUCUUCUCCAACUUCGUAAAGAACACUCUUUGCAGACUCUAUAUUACUGGAAUUCCCUCAACAAAAAAGAUGGGUUUCAGUCCACAAGUCGAAGCUAUUAAUGUGGCUUCAGGUAUGUCUGUGCUGGAUUUGCCUGAACUGACCUUGGAAUGCAUUCUUGAGAGGCUACCACCAUCAGGGCUUUGUAGUAUGGCUGGUGUUUGUAGCUCUUUGAGGGAAAGAUGUGUUAGCAAUCACUUGUGGGAAAAACAUAUGAAGCAAAAAUGGGGUAGACUAAUAGGUCCAGCUGCACAUAGAGAGUGGCAAUGGUACCUAGCCUCCAGAAAUUGGGCCAAUCUCAGGCAAGGUAGACAGAGAGGGCUAAUGAGGCUUCUCUCAAUAGUUUGGCCUUUUCUGUGGGCAAGAUCAAGCGUUGUUGACGGUACUAAUAAUAGCAAGGAGAGGUGUUCUUUUCAUGUUGAUUCACUCAUGUCUUGGUAUUUAGCUCUUGAGACUGGCAAGUUUUGGUUCCCUGCUCAGGUCUACAAUCGUGAGAAUGGGCAUGUUGGGUUUAUGAUGUCUUGCUAUGAUGCUGAGCUAAGCUAUGAUCCCCGGACCGAUACAUUCCAAGCCAGGUAUCCAUCACAUGGUAGGAGAGCAAUUGCUAUUGAGACUAAUGUGCCUUGGGAGAGGUUAAGAGCACCUCCUGUUGACACAUCCCCUCAUGCUCUUCACAUAUCUGAUUGUUUGAAUGAAUUACGCCCUGGAGAUCACAUUGAGAUUCAGUGGAGAAGAAACAAAGAAUUCCCAUAUGGAUGGUGGUAUGGUGUUGUCGGACACCUUGAGUCGUGUGAUGGAAACAAAACUCACUGCCGCUGUCAUAACAAUGACAGAGUGGCAUUGGAGUUCAAUCAUUACACCCCUGGCUCACGAUGGAGGCGUACAACAAUCAGCAGGAAAGACCAUAGGGAAGAAGGGAACGAAGUAGAUGGGUUCUAUGGUGGAAUCCGAAAGCUUAAAAGUAAUGAAGAGAUUUCCAUGUGGAGGCGACUUUGGCCAGUAGAAGUAUUGGAAUAGGCUUUCUGGUUUUGUCAUCAGGUACUACAAAAGCUUACUACAUUUUUUACUGUGAAGGAUCCUUUACAUUUCCUCCACUUAUAUGAGCACAAAAUUGCCAUUUAUACUGGGGUAGCGCACGAGAGCAAGUAAACGGCGAAGACAGUGCUUUAAUCCUCAUCAACACUGUAUAUGUGCACCUUCUAUGUGAAUUGUCUCCAUUGGUACAAUUUUGAUGUACCAUAUAUAUACUAGUUAUACUUAUACCCCAAGACAGAAGUUUUAGCAGCUGAUGUUUUGGCAAUGUGCAAGGCUUUCAUACUUCUGACUGUUGUAUGGUCACCAUUGUUUAGGCUGAAAGCUUGUAAAGUUUAGAUUAAUUGUUGCUUCCUGCAUACAUUGGUGUAUAUGAUAUUAGAUCAGAAGAACAUUUAGGCACUAUUUUCAUAUGAAUUGAACUAUUUAGCACUAGUAAAAAUGAAGAAUAUCACUGCUGAAUAUGCCA